GUACAGGGGCUGAUUCCCAGAACUGGGGUGCAGAACUGUCAUCACUGAAUGCUGUGAUGGAAUGCAUCACAGUACCCAUUGACAUGCCCCUGCGAAAGAAGGAUGGAAACAAGUCAGAGCUGGAAUCUGCUGUGUCUGUUGCAGAAAUUAGUUAA